AUGGCAUCCCAACAGUGUGGUUGGCUGCAUCAGCGACAAGCGCCGUAUCUACGUGCGGUUGCCGAUGUGUCGGCCCAAACCUCCUUAGGCCUUGAACGCAGUGGUACUGAUCCAAGCUUGCAAGACUUUGGCUUGGAAGCAAUCUUCAGGAGACAGGAGGAAGAAGAUGCCCAGUGGAAUCGCUGGCGAAACUGGCGUGAUUCUCAUGAUGCGGGUGCUGAACCCGCAGCUGAAGCCUCAGCUGAUGCUGAUGCUACUGAGACUGGUGAGCGACCUGAUGCAGCGACAGAUGGCUAUCAGCGCGUGCCUCUAGUUUCUGAACCGGAUCUCAGUCCUCAGUCGAAUGUGGCUCCAGAGCAUGGGAUGAACUCUGCUGACUCAUUUGUGCUUGAUGUUCUGCGAGAACUGGAAGAUCCGCAGAUCAAAGAGGCGUAUCAGUCAGAACGCAUGGCAGAUGCUCUAGCCUCUGAAGCGAGUCUCACAUGGAAAAAAGCCCAGGGUAAGUCCAAAGGUUUCAAUAAAGGCAAGAUGGGUAUGGCUGUUUAUGGUGAUCCCUACAUGGAACAGUUUCCCAUGGUGAAAGGCAAAGGCAAAGGCAAGGCAAAGUAUUCCAACUACAUGGAUCACGAGAUGUUUUGGGCUGGCAAAUCUAAGGGCAAAUCCUCAAAAGGGUCAUCAAGUUUUUCGUUCCGUCCUCCUGGUCCGAGUGGUGUCAAUGCUUAUGGCAUGGAGCUCUAUCCCAUUGAGUUCAUGGAAACCCCUGAGUACCAUGAGCCCCUGGAUGUGACCCUGACAGCCACUACUUGGUCUCCACCGCCUUCGGCAUCCCAGGCCAUCAAGUCCUUCGAGGGCAUGGUCGACAGCGGUGCCACAGCCUCUGCUGGUCCCGAGGCCAGCAUUCACAGGGUUUUUGAGUGUUUGCGCCAAGUUGAUCCAGAAGCAACAUUGACUGUUGACCAAACCUUGAAACCCCGUUUUCGGUAUGGUUCAGGGAAGUGGGGACAAGCCUUGUGUCAAGUCACAAUUUCCUCAUGGGCAUCUGGACAUCAGCGAAAAUUUUCAGUUUUUGCUCUCCCGAAUCCUCCAGAAUAUCAUGAACCUUGGUACGAUGAUUCACUGUUGGUUCCUAUUUUGAUCGGCAUGGACUUUUUAGGCGUCAAUGGUGUGGGCUUGGUUCUUGAUUUCGUGGAUGGAUACUCCUGGAUGUCCAAUGUGCCUGAUGCAAAUCCCAACUGUUUGCGAAUUAGUUCAAAGGGUCACUUUGUUUUGGAUUUGGUUUCCUUUCUCACCAACAAGCCACAUGGUUUCACGUCUGAUUCAACAUGGACUCCUUCACGAGCUAUCUCGGAUGCAAAUGUUCUGGAACUUUACAUGACACAAGGAGAAGAGUUGUUUUCAACUCAACAUGUUUUGCUUGACAACACAGAUGCCCGGCGUUGCUUCUUUCAACAGUGUGUUCAUCGACGUUCUGCCGGCUCAAAACAGAAGGAAUCCACGGCUGGUGAUCGAAAUCUUUGGAGUGAUGCCUCCGAAGACCAACCUUGCCGACAAGGCUCCCGAGUUGGAUCACAGCCGAGCUCUUCCAGCAGAUCCGAGAUGGGCUCGCUGACUCACAAUGUCGAGCACAUCGAUCCUCACUAUGUGGCGAAGGCUCUCAGCAUGGUUCAGAAAGAUCUCAAGGGUGUGAAGCCCCACUACAAACUCAUGAAGGUGGCUGUGGAGAAGAUCGAGAGCGACGAGCGCUACUACCAGAUGGUGCUGGGUGCUCCAGAGAUGACCCCAGUUCCGAAAUCUCCCACACGCCACCAGAUGUUCACACCUCCGAGGAGAUCAAUGCACAAUUCCGAGGAGGAGCAGAUCCCAGGUCCCCAGCAGCUCACGUCGAGCCCAAGCUGGCAACAUGUGACUCCACCAAAGGCCCGAGCCAAGUCACCCACGGUGUCUCAGAUGAGUGUGGCAUCAGUUCCAGUGGUGACACCUCAGGAUCUCCUGAGCCAGCUCUCAGCCGAGGUGGGCAAGGCGGCGGUGAAGGUGCUCCAAUUGAUGAUGCUUGGCCUCUUCACCAACUUCCACGACCUUGUGGUGGAGCCUCAUCAGGUUGAUGUUUGGGAGAUUUGCUGCUCACCUCAGUCUUGGCUUUCUGAGGCAUGUACCCAAGAAGGUUUGAAAUGUCAGCGGAUCAAUCUGGCCAAUGGGUUCGAUUUGAACCGUCCUCACACUUUUGAAUCCAUGACCGAGCUCUACAAGAUUCAGCGUCCGAAGAGGCUCUGGAUUUCUAUGCGGUGCACGUUGUGGUGUGCUUGGACCUCCCUCAACUAUAACACUCCGGAGCGGGUGGAACUUUUGGAAUCCAAGCGGCGCAAAGAGCGGAAAGUGUUGAGGAACCUCAAGAAAUGGCUGGAGCGCAAUGUCAUUGAUGAUCAUACGGUACAUGUUUUUUGGGAAUGGCCUGCCAAUUGCCAAGGAUGGUAUGAACAGGUUCUCCUUGAUCUACAAGACGCCCUGUGGCGACUUGAUCGCGACUGGCUUCCCUGCCGAAUUGAUGGUUGUCGGUAUGGGUUGACUAGUGGUCGUCCAGGUCAUGAACACGAACCUCUACUCAAGCGUUGGUUGGUCAAAACUACAUGUGCUCGUUUUCAUGCCCUUUACAAGGCCAAGACGUGUGUUGGUAAUCAUCAACAUCUCCAGAUCGAGAGCUCUGAUACAGCUCGUUCCAGCUACUAUCCCUGGAAGAUGGUUGUCGCGAUUGCCAAGACUUGGAAAUCUCAACUUGUACCAGAACGUUGGCAAUCCAUCCUGUUCCUGACCGUGGACUCCAACGUCCCCAAUUCGACUUUUGAACAGCAACUGUGGGAGAUGAAUCCAGCCGAGAUGGCUGAUGACAUCGCUGAAGUUCCUCCUGAUGAGGGGUACUCACCCACAUCGCUUGCUCCUGAAGAUGCACCAGCGAUUCCGGCCGAUUUGGCUGAUGAUGAUGGACAAAUGGUCCUACCUCCUGCUCAAGAUGAACGCUCUGGUGGAGAUCUUCGGCCUCAAUCCAUGCAGAGCUCUAAGGCAAGUAAUCCCUCUCAAAUGGCUUCGUCACGCUGGCAACAAGAUGGCCAUGGUCGGUGGUCGAAGCAUGAAGCUGAUGGCAAAAUCAUCCCAUCCACGAAGCAGCUUGCCGAGUGGAAUGUCAAGCUUCAAAAGUUUCACAAGGCCUCAGGACAUCCUAGCAAUAGGAAUUUAGCUCGCAUUUUGCGGGAAGCUGGCAAAGAAAAGUGGCAGAUUGAAGCAGCACUUCGUCUCCGAUGCCCAGCAUGCGAGGCGACCAGACCUGGGGGUUCGUCUUCCGGAAAGAUUCCGCCAGUAUCAACCAAUCGACUUCCUCAAGCCUGGCAUAUGGUGAUGAUGGAUGUUGGUGAGUGGAAUGUCGUGUCCGUGCGCAAGAAGCUGAAGUUUCUAUUGAUGAUUGAUGCUGCAACGAAGUUUCGCAGCACAGUUCCUCUUAUGGUCUAUGACAUCAAUCAGCAAGGGAACGAGAAUGCCAAGAUGGUCAUCGAAGCUUUUGGUCGCGGCUGGUUGGCGGAAAAACCGAAACCGCUGGUGGUGGUUCCUGACAACGCCAAUACGCUGUGCUCAGCGGCCUUCAGGGAGUUUUGCCACACCAACAAUUUGUGGCUGAGCCCGCCUGUGGAGAAGGAGGCAUGGGCUCACGGAAUUGCUGAACGAGCAGUCCAAGAAACCAAGCUUUUGGCCGACAAGAUCUUCAUCUCUGACGGCACUCUGAGCUUGGAACUAUGUCUGGCCCUUAGCACAGCGGCGUUGAAUAGUACGGAGAACGCACAUGGUUUUUCUCCCUUUCAGUGGGCAUACGGUCACUCUUUUCAGUGGACUGAUGAAGACAUCACUACUCAUCUCCAACUUCAACAAGCUCACCCACUGAGUGAAUUUGAGAAGUUGCUGUCUUGCAGACGCAAAGCUGAGAAUUUGGCACGGCAAGUCCGCGCCAACAACAUACUUGUGCGGCUGAAGAACUCAUGUCCCCGACAGCCUCUCCAGAACUUUGAACCUGCAACACUGGUGAAAGUCUGGCGAAAGUCCCUUCCACAUGAAGCAGCCAAAGGAAAGCGCAGCGGCUUCACCAAGACCAUCAAACCUCACUGGGUGGGACCUGGAAGGGUUCUGUUUCAAGAGCUAUUGCCUUCCCAGAGUGGUGGUGACCGCCGCCAUGUGGUAUGGGUUGUUCUUGGCGGCCGAGCUCACCGUUGCAGUGUUCACUCUGUGAGACCACUAACCUCACAGGAAGAAGCUCUUCAUGAAAUUCAACAUGGUGGCGAAGAGAUGUCGUGGAAAUCAAUCACUGAUUUUCUCCCACGAAGAGAUUAUGUGGACAUGCUGGACGAUGAGCCAGGCGCUGAUGAUGUAGAAGCUCCUGAUCUACCAGCUCAACCAGAUAAAUCCACAUGGUUGCCUUCAUGCCGACUGUACGGCAAAACGGAUAAGCAGGGCAAUGACAAAGCUGCUCAGGCGCUGAAGGGUGCUGCAAUGCGCCUUCCCGCUUUGCCACCAGUCAAUGAGUAUGAAGAGACUGACUUCUUACCAGAAGUGCCUGAUGACACUUUUGAAGACGACUUGGGCAACUCUCUCAAUGACCCAGGUGUGAAGCGAAAAACUGAUCUCCUUGAGUCAGAAGUUUCCUCACGCGAAGCCUCCUCCAAAAGAUCCUCCUUGGCGUCCUCAUCCAUGAGACCUAUGCGUCCUCACUCAGCUGUUGAUAGCGAUGAUAUUGUCACUGGUGAUAGUGUCAAGAAACCCCGGACUGAUGAUGAUAACGCUCUCACCCUUGAUCUUCAUGCUGCUCUCCAAGAAGCUGAGUUUGGGUAUAUCAUGGAAAUGGAGUUGGAUUUCUCAAGCCACAGAAAACUCAAGAAGUUUCUCCAGGCGCCAAACUUUUACUUGGUGCAACAAAUGCGUGAUUGUGAAGUUCGCUAUGAGCGACUCACUGAUGACUUCAAGAAGUUGUUUGACCGCGCAAAGGACAAAGAGGUGGCAUCUUUUCUCAAGUCCGAGGCCGUGAGAAAGUGCAUCUCCAAGGAGGAAGAGGAGGAGGGCAAGAACUCUGGCCGUGUAAUGAAGUGCCGGUGGGUGUUGACAUGGAAAGACACUCCACCAGAUGAACGGCAAGCUUCUCAGCAAGAUGCUCACGAGAAUGCUGGCACUUUGUUCACCCCUUCGGGCGAUCGCAAGGCGAAAGCCCGCAUCGUCUUGUUAGGGUAUCAGCACCCAGAUCUCCUCCAUCCUGAGUUCCGAAGUUCUGCACCUGUUCAAUCAACUUUGACCAGACACCUGACCUUCCAGCUCUCCGUGCAGAACCAGUGGCCAAUCGAAGGCAUGGAUCUUUCAACGGCUUUUCUCCAGACCGAGAAGAACCAGGAGCAGAACCGCAUAUGGACAUCAGGAGUGCGUGAACUUCGUGCUGCACUUGGCGUCUCUGAGGGCGGCAUCAUGCGAAUCCUCAAAGAUUUUUAUGGUUCAACUACAGCUCCUCGUGGACUAUGGCUUGACAUAGACCGUAGACUGCGAAGACUUGGAGCUCACAAAGUCCUUGGCGAUCCAUGUGCCUGGAUAUGGGUAGAGGAAAACCCGAAUGCGGUGAACCAAUUGGAUCGCUUCCGCACUAUUGGGUACAUGGCUGGUCAUGUUGACGAUUUCAACAGAUCCGGUGAUGAGACCAAUCCCAAGUGGCAGAAAAUCAAGGCAGCCAUUGACCGUGAGUAUCAGUGGGGUAGUUCCAAAGUUGGCGCUUACCGCUAUGUGGGCUCCGACAUCCAUCACAGGACUGGUAGCCAAGGUAACUACAGCAUGGUUGACCAGGACUCUUAUGUGGAGAACCUCGCUGAUGUGGAGAUUGAUCCAGUCCGUUUCAAGAAUGCGGCGACAGUCCUCACUAAGUCAGAGAUUGGCAAGUGUCGCUCAGCUUUAGGUGCUUUGCAGUGGUUGGCCGUGCAGACUCAACCUCAAAUCUGCGCAAGAUGCAAUCUCUUGUUGUCUGAAUUGGCACGUGAGCCAAAGAUGACAGUGGCUCAAGAGAUUCAGCAGGUCAUCCGCGAGACUCGCAAGCAUCCUCACCGUCUCCGUUUUGAUCGAAUCCCCUCUGUGAACCAUUGGCAACAAAUGGUGGUGGUGACAAUGGGCGAUCAGGCACACAACAACAGACCUGAUGGCUCUUCCACAGGUGGUUUGAUUAAUUUUCUAGGCGGACCGGAACUCCUUGAUGGUUCUCCCGGCCGUCUGGUGAUGGUUUCAUGGCGUACUUGGAAAUUGCGCCGAGUAGCAAUUUCCUCCAAUGAUGCUGAGAUUCAAGCAAUGGUGGAAGCUGAGGAUGUCAAUUUUCGAGCUCGUUUGCUUUGGGCUGAACUGAAUGGUGCUGGCGCUGAAAAGGGUCUUGAUCUUUUAGCUUUUGCUGAGCAAGAAGUUUCUGCAGUCCCUGGUGUUGUGGCCACAGACUCAAAAGGUGGUUUUGAUGCAGUGACUCUGCAAGAAGGUCCAUAUUUGGGUUUGUCAAACGUGAGAUCAGCCAUACAAGCUUUUCAACUGAAACAAUCGUUUGCAGACACAAAAGCAUGGUUGAUUUGGCUUGCUAGUGAUUGGCUCCUUGCAGAUGCUCUGACGAAGAAAAUCCAAGAGUGUCGCAAAAGUUUACUUCAGUUCAUGCGCACAGGUGUUUGGAUGCUUCAAUAUAACCCAGGCUUUGAGACAAGUGCACGAAAGAACAAGAGAGCAGGCAAGGAUGCUCUCACACAGAUGAAGAAACCCACAGAGAAGUUUGCCAGCUGA